UAAUUCUACUCCACCGGCAAUCUCACAAAACUGAACAUGCUGAGGUAGCCUCUGUGAAAAGUGCACGGACCAGUAUUUGCCCAAUUAGGCUUACUCUCAGAAUGGAAAAAAAAUUCAAUACAAACAGUUUUUUUUCUGAUAGCUUCAACUCACCUCAGGAUAUUGUCAGAGGAAAGAUUAUUGAGUGAAAGAUUGUGCAGAAAUCCAUUUUUUAUUGCCAUAUUGAAGCUUUUUGCAAGGUGCUCACGCGGUUUUGAAAUGGCUCUUGCUACAAAGGGAAAACUGUUGGGAAACUGUGACAUUUCAACAUCUUUUCUGCCCUUAACAGUGUGUUAACCUGAAUGUAAAUGCAGAUCUUUUAUAUGCAGAACAUGGGUGUACUUCAAAUCCAGUAUAAUCAGAAGUGGAUAAAUGCUACUCCUGCCAUCUAUCAAAAAGGGGGUUGGAUGUACUUCUCCUGACCAACUGAGCACAUGCAUGCAAAUUCAUUGUUCCAAGAUGAAAGCUGAGCGUUCAAACCAUCAGAGACACAUUAAGGGGUCAUGCAGUGUUAAUAGAAAUGUGUGAUAAUUGUGUGUCAACCCAAAUAAAACAUGUACCCCAUAAAAGGACAAGUUGUUAUACACAUAUAAGAGAGUGUCACUGUGUUUCUUUCUCCGCAGGAAAUGUGUUUGUGGUGAGUUUGGCGUUUGCUGACCUUGUGGUAGCCUUCUACCCCUACCCCCUGGUUCUUUAUGCUCUCUUCCAUGAUGGAUGGGCACUGGGAAACACACAAUGCAUGGUAAGACCACCUCAGCUUUGUCAUUGUUUGGUUGAUGAUCAUUGCAUACAGACAAAACGAAACCUGGUGCAACAGCCUGAGAGAUUUUUCAUCAGGGGCUGCAUACAAAUUGAAAAAUUGCUUUAGCAAAUCUUCUCUCCUUCGGGAACAGGAAAAAAAAAAGAUCAAAAUAUAUGAUCCCGUUUUACCAAACUUAGUAAGGGUUUUUUUUUCUGUCUUUAAAACACACUGCUUAUGUGAUCUCCGGGGCUUUAAGUAGAAAAAAUAAGUGCUGGUAGUGAAUGGUCCCUCGAUUCACUUGGUGGCAUGUGUAUCAAACAGCCAGUAUCAGUAAAUCAUGAGUAUAAUAUUUUACAUUUCGAGACCAGAGGAUUAUGUUAAUUAUUAAAAACAAACAACACAAACAAAGAACCUCUGCAUCUCCAUGCUCCGAUCAAAUGUUUACCAGGCUUUAAAACUGUAAACAUGAAGCUUUGGUGCAUGGUGCAAAGAAGUCAUCAGGCCAUCUCUGAAGGACUCUGCUGGGAGCGAUGAUUUGUUGACUCAGACAACAGAGACAGACAUGAGAUAGGAGAGGACAGUAACUGAAGGAGAAAGAAAAGUAAAGAUAGAAAAUGAAUAUGAUAAACGCAGAGAGGAACUAACAAACCAAGAUAUAUUCAAUCAGAUCUGUGCUAUUUGUAUUUCUCUUCGCUUUGGUCAAUAAAUAGAUAGAAAAAAUAGAUAAAUAAAACAUUAUUAAAUUCAGAUUAACUUAACUGUUUGAAUUUCUGUACAAGAAUUAAAAUUAAAUCAGUGCAAAAUCAUAAUAAUUAAACAAAAAUUUUAAUUGAAAGUACUUAAGAAGAGACCUGCGUUUGGCACUUAAGUAGCAGCAUGAUGGUGGCGCAGAUGAACAGAAGAGUGUUUUUAAGGGUUUGAUGGAAAUACUCAAGCCAAGAGUGAGUAACUCAAUCAAUCAAUCAAUCAAAUCUUACUUAUACUUACUUGUAUAGCACCUAAUCAAGACGUUUUCCAAAUAAGGUCUAGAGCACGCUGAUCGUUUGACUCAAUUUGUCUCUUUCCCUUUUGCAAUUCCUGAGUAAGUGAAGAAGAAGGAAAGCGCAUCCUGUAAUCUAAUGGCCAGGAGCAUAAAAAAGAGUUUGUGAGUCUGCAGGUAGAGCAGAGUAGAAACAGCAGUCUGCUGCCGAGUGCACUUCUCUGCCUGGUGAAUGCACCAAGCAGAAGGUAGGGGGCACUAUCCAAAGCAGGAAGCGUUUUUUUCCAGACUCCUACACCCUGCCUUUAUCACCAGAGUCUAAUUUUAUCCCCACAUCCCUCUUCUUGUCGCUUCUUCCUCAACACACAACAGCACAAAGGAGGACACUGACUGGAAAAACAUCUGCAGAAGUUUCUCUGUCAGGUUUUAAAGGAUCAAAGUUUUCUCAGGAGGCAAAGACAGCUCUGCUUUUUGCUGUAGAGUGCUCAUACUUAUAACUAGUCCAGUCCCUGAUCCAGCUCCAGUCCCCUCUAUAGACACCAGCUCUGGAUGCUGCUUGUUCCCUCAGAAGUCCGCCACUAUCUCCUUGGUCUUGGAAGUAUUCAGCUACAGAUAGUUAGACCUGCACCACCCCCUCAUGAUCAUCCCCUGCACAACCAAUGAUCACAGUGUUGUCUGGUUGUUUCUGCGUGGGGCAGAGCUCAUAAUUAUACCAGAGUAGUACAGAGUGAACAGAGGGGAGUGCACAGUCCCCCCUUCAGCCUGCUGAACUGUGGUUUCUCUUUUUGACAGGCUCACCAGGUGUUAGUCUGCUCUUAUAUCUGUCAGCUCGUCUCUCAGUAGGAAGGGGUAGAGUGAAUGACGCCACAUGCUGUCCCAGUGUGUGCCCACAGAGGAAGGGUCAUGUCCACUUUGUGCCCUUUGAGAGCCAAGUCGAUAUUGCUGUCAUCUUGUUUUUACUCAGACUUUCCUCGGGUCCCUAACACUGUAGAGACUUGAUAGUGCUGACGUUUCCUGUCAAAAAACAGACAAGUGGGCUAUAUGUAAUGUCUGAGAAAGGACACAGUCUGCCAAGAGUAACAAAUGCUUAUUUUAGUCGGUAUUACGAAUCACCGGGAGAAACUGUGAUGUGGAGAGGAUAUGGAAAGGAACUGGCAGCUGCUAAGAAGUUUGCAUAUGAUGAAAAAUGUCCUGGUUCACCAAAACACUAAAGUCAAAACAUUUGGAGCUCCCCCUGCUGACUGGUUGCAGUAUCGUCCAUUAAACCGACAACCUACUGUGCAUAUCAAUGGAUGAAACAUGAAUCAACUAUGAAAUCAAAAUACAUUCUUCUAAAAUAUUAUAUCUUUCAUUUAAGUUGUUUCAUUUUCUGAUGUGUAAAUGGUCGACUUACUAAGAAGUGAAAUUUGAAUUAGUUAUUAAAUGCUAUAAAAUUGUGAAUAAUGCAGAUUAUGGCUCAAAAAAAUUCAAAUGCACAAAGUUUGCUUCAGUUUUGUAUAACAGGGAGAGGUUGAGAGACAUGUCACCCAUCUUUAUUUACAUUUAAUACUUUUUAACUCUACAUGAAAUAAAGAAGUGUUUUAAUUUCUUUCUUCUUCUUUCUUUAGGUCAGCGGUUUCCUGAUGGGGCUGAGUGUCAUCGGCUCCAUUUUCAACAUCACGGGGAUCGCUGUGAACAGAUACUGCUACAUCUGUCACUCCUUCUCCUACAGUCGGCUGUACAGCUAUCGUAACACUCUGCUGUUCGUUGCCUUAAUCUGGGUGCUCACUAUAGUGGCCAUAAUCCCCAAUUUCUUCGUUGGAUCCCUGCGUUACGAUCCCAGGGUCUACUCCUGCACCUUUGCCCAGAACGUCAGCAGUUCUUACACGGUGGCCGUGGUGGUGAUUCACUUCCUGGUUCCCAUAGCAGUAGUGACGUUCUGCUAUCUUCGCAUCUGGGUGCUUGUGAUCCAGGUCAGUAAUGUCCUUCUUUGUGAGGUUAUUUAGAUCUUUAGAGAAACACAAAAGAGGUAAUGUUUUUGUUGUUUGUAAUUUAUUUUAUUUUUUGUAACCGUACAGGAACAAAACCUGGAGAGAUGAGCUCUAAGACCCUCAGAGGGUCGAUUAUAACUGGACUAUUAUGUAGAACUGUUAAUCUAAUUAAAAAUUUCACAAUUUAUCUGGAGAGAAAGAAAGCCCUGAUCUGUUUUUCUAACCUUUAUCGAUCAUUUCUCCUUCUUUGGGGUAGGGUAAUUAAAUUUUGUGUUCACUGUAAAAAGAGGGACUUUUAUUUUGUGGCCACUUAAGGGAAGGACCAAGUUUUCUAACUUGAGUGAGUAGAAAUGCUUAAAUAAAAAUCAAGGACUGAAAUAUUUCCUUUUAGGCCUCAAAGAGCCAGAGGGUACCAUGUAAUACUGUAAUUUUUUUAUGAUGGUUUGUGUUUCAAAAACACUUUUAAACAGCAACUACUCCUUCUACCUUGGGAUUUCAUUGAGUAAGCAGGUUUGCCCAAAUAAACACAUUUUUCUCAAUCUCUUUUAUUGCCUUCGGGAAUUCAAAAUAAAUGAUCAAGCCAUCAGUUGCAAGCACGGCCCACCUCUUAAUGGAAAAUUUGACAUGUUUUUUUUUUCUUUUAAAUCCCAAAACAUACUGCCAAAUUAAAAAGAAGCACUCAAUCAAACUCCUUUUCUGCAAUAUCAAAUUUAAGUCGAAUUAUUUGAUCUUCAAUAACAGGUAGGCGGUGAUGUGAAAACAACCUCUGAACACUGUAAAGAUUUUGCAGAUUUAGUGCCUCUUAGGUCAGCAGAGGUAUUUUAUUUGACAGGCAGAUAGAUGAACUGAAUCCCUGGAGUGUUGGAAUGUGUGGAUUUCUGUGUGUGUGUGGAUGUCACUGUAGGCUCUGUGUGGGUUUCUGUUUGUUUAUGUGUGUAUGUAGGAGUGUGAGAUGGAGAGGCAGUGAAGAAACAUUUGACUUCUGGCUAAAUUUACCUUUGAGUUCUCUUGACUGUUACGUGUUUUCUUUGUGUCCAGGUGCGACGUAAAGUGAAGACAGAAGAAAGCCCUCGCCUCAGACCGAGUGACUUAAGGAAUUUCAUCACCAUGUUUGUGGUCUUUGUGCUUUUCGCCAUCUGCUGGGCUCCACUCAAUUUAAUUGGCCUUGCAGUAGCCAUAGAUCCGCCGCGUGUGGCUCCCCUCAUCCCCGAGUGGCUUUUUGUGGUCAGCUACUUCAUGGCCUACUUCAAUAGCUGUCUGAAUGCCAUCAUCUAUGGCUUACUCAACAGGAAUUUCAGGAACGAGUACAAACGCAUCGUCACCUCUGUGUGGGUGACUCGGCUCUUUGUGACAGAGACUUCGCGAGCCGCCACGGACGGCAGGAGCAUGAAGAGCAAGCAGUCUCCGCCUCCACCACUUAACAACAACGAGUCAGUGAGAGAUCGCAUUAACAAAGAAUGA